AUGGCUUCAGUCAGCGAACACGUCGUUGAAGCGCGCAUUCUGCCAGUCAUCCUGGGGAAUCUGGGGAGCUUUCAGGACGCACAGAGCCUCGAGACCUGGGAACUGCCAGCGGACACCAAGGACCUGGGGCCUCUACAGGAAGCUGCGAAGGCGCUGCGAGAAGGCGAUACACCCGUCGGGUUCCCCACCGAAACUGUCUACGGGCUCGGAGCAGACGCGACCCGGAGCGAUGCCGUCAAGGGGAUUUACAAAGCGAAGGGUCGGCCCUCAGAUAACCCGCUCAUCAUCCACGUCUGCGACCUCAGUAUGCUACGGGGCUUACUGGCACGGGAUAAUGACCGGGACGAGGCGGGCGAGGUGGCCGAUCCGGUUCCCACUAUCUACAAGCCGUUGAUCGAGCAGUUCUGGCCUGGUCCUCUCACCAUCCUCCUGCCUAACCCGACGCCGAGUAGACUUGCGCCGGAGGUCACGGCAGGCUUACCUACCUUCGGCGCGCGCAUGCCGGAUUCUCCUCUCGCCUUGUCCCUGAUACAGCUCUCUGGCGUCCCGCUCGCCGCCCCUUCAGCAAACGCCUCUACCAAACCAUCGCCUACCACGGCAGCCCACGUCUGGCACGAUCUGCAUGGCAAGAUCGACAUGGUUCUCGACGGGGGUCCGUGUCUGGUGGGAGUCGAAAGUACCGUCGUGGACGGGCUGUGCGACCCGCCCGUCGUCCUCCGGCCGGGCGGCGUAAGUAUCGACCAGAUCCGCAAGUGCGAGGGCUGGGCUGGGGUCGUGAGAGGCUACAAGGACGCCAGCGAGAUUGGGACGAGCGCCCCCAGAGCUCCGGGUAUGAAGUACAAGCAUUACAGUCCCAAGGCCCAGGUUGUACUCUACGAAAGGUCGAAGGGUGGAGGAGAUUUCCGAACCGGCAUUCCCCAGGAGCUCCAUCGCAUCAUGGAUACCGUCGAGGAGGAGAUGACGUCGGAUGACACCUGUAAGCAGCGCGUUCCGGGGCUCGCCAGGAUCGGAAUUGUGAGCACGAAGCACUGGAAGAACUGGGCUGGGUUCGACGGCGCACUAAAGCCAGCUGUAGGCAGCGCUGAAUCUACUUCUACUCGCACGAUAGUCAAAGUCUAUCCGGAAAUCCCUGCCGCGGAAAUAUAUGAAGGUCCCUCUGAAGGGCCGUUCGAACCUGGCGGCCCUCUAGUUCGAAUAGUCGGAUACGUGUUCGAGAAGGCACUGGGGGGAGACAAGAGGGAUAUUGCGCAUGGAUUGUUCUCGGCUCUGCGGGAAUUGGAUCAGCUAGAUGUGGAUGUCAUUUUCGUGGAAGGUAUUGAGGACGAGGGAGAUAUCGCCGCGGCUGUCAUGAACAGAUUACGCAAAGCGGCUUCAAGGAUUGAACCAUAG